AUGUCAAGACUUAUAAACAAAUCCGAAACGGCACAAAAUAGAAGAAAAAACAAUGAUCCCAAAGAUACCGUGGUACCUGGACGAUUAAUACAAAUUUACCCUUCUAACGUUAUAACAUCGCAGAAAACUAAAUCUAUUAAUGUGAAAUCACCUAAGUUCGUUCCAUAUGAACCUUACCCAGGAGCAGUGAAACCAAUAGUGUCACAAACAGUGAAGAAAUCCAAGAAAUCUAAAAACAACAUGGAUAUAAACACAUUAAUAUCUCAAAUGUCUCAAAUGAACACAAAUUUAAAUGAGUAUAAACCUAGACCAAAGUUGAAUUCAGUCGGUAGCAAGUCUCUCAUUGAAGGGGAACAGAUUAGUCCAGAGAAUGAGGAAUUGCAGAAAAAAAUUACCAGUUUGAUGCAUGAAAAUGACUCCUUGAAGGAACAACUAAAGCAACAAGUUCAGGUAAACAAAGAACUGAAGACAAUGUUGGUGGCUUAUGGAGAGGACCUUGAAACUCAAGUCCAGUCAUUGAAUGAAGACAAAAAGCAUUUAGCAAAUGCUUUGCUUAACUCAGCUCAACAUUUAUCUACCCAUCAAGAGCAAACGGAAUGGCUAGCAGGUCAAUGCGAAGUCUGGAGGAGCAAAUUCCUUGCAAGCAGUUUAAUGGUAGAAGAAUUGGCAAAUUGCAAGAGACUAUUGAACGAAAAAACCGAAAAUUUACAACAAGCAAUCAAGCAAUUAUUGGAUGAAAAAUGUAGAGUGAGAGACAUGCAACUCUGUACUUACAAAAACUUGUACAGUCUUCAUGAGAAAUGGUUGGAAAAUAUAGCAAUAUCUGAAUACUCUGGUAGUAGUAUGUACAACCGCCCUAUUGGAAAUCUCAAUUUUAAUGCAACAAUGCCGCAUUCCACAAACAUUAUAGAUUUGGCAUCUGUUAAUUUGAAAUUAUCGGAAAAUAUUAGCAGUUCGGUUGAGAAACAAGAUGUCAGCUAUUUGAAC